GCGCGAGAGCCUUCUUCGACGCUGUCAGCAGUUUUCACGCGAAAGUUUGACAGUGCAGCUGCCGGAGGCUUUCCCGCGGUCUUGUUUACGUCUCGCAGAGCGCGCCGUUGUCUCCCGGUCUGGCCCGCGCUCUGUCCGUCAUCAAGCAGCUUCUGCACAGCGCAGGACGCGAGGUGUUUCUUCUGGGACGGUGUUGCGAGAACGUGGAUUCGCUCGUAUCGGGAUCGCGCGCAUGCAUUGGCAUACGAGUCUGUCUCUGCAUUUCGACUUCCUUCCGCGCUGGAUGCGUUUCAAGGCUGCCGGUUCCUCGAAGCCGCGUGCGACUUGACGGCCGGGGAAGCCCCUUUGUCACGAGUCUGCUUCUCAGGAUGUUGCGUGGCCUUGCUUCCGGCAUUCUGUGCUUCCUCUUUGUCACAGUUGAUUAUACAAUCGGCUCGUAGAAGGAAGGGAGUACAGAGAAUCAAGGGAUGGGGGCUGGACUGUCUGUCGGUUCGCCCUUUUAAGACCUCGAGGUUAGUCUUUCGGUUCAGUCGUUGCAUAUCCUCUUGUCGAUCGAGACGCCGCUUGUUGGGCAUCCUGCGUGUGGAACACAUUCUACUACAGACCAAGUCUUUUAGGACUGAGUGACACACAAAUUUGAGCCUGGUCUGGUGGAGUGUGACCCCUACCCCGCGGACAGCGAUGGCCGAGUCUAGGAAAUUAGGCAGCCUGCUGCAUGAGAUGAACCGCGACCUCAAGUGUCGCAAAGGGUGCAGCUUCUACGGGAACCCUGAGUGGGAUGGGUACUGCUCUCAGUGCUACAAGGAGCUCCGGGCAGCCCAGGCAGCAGCAGCGGCCCCAGCCAGCCCUCUGGGAACCCAGCCAGCGAGACGGCUGUCCCGCAGUGCCAGCGAGUCUCCAGAAGGCUACCCUAGUGCCUCGCAACCAGGCCUCACCGAACCGUCGCCAUUCUCACGGUUUGCCGAGAAAAAGCGACAGCAUGCCGAGAAACGGACGAAGACUCUCCGUAGCAUCAUUCGCAGGUCCAACACGGUCAAAGAAUCUGUGAGCUCCAAGGACCUUCAGUUGAGCAGUUUAGAGAGCAAUCCUGCGGCCAAGGAGCUCAAGGACUUCCUUCGUGACCUCAAAGAGUCGGCUGCUUGUGAUGUCAUCAAGCAAAUCAGGGCAGCUGUAGACCGCAUCCACAAGAUGUCCCGGGACCAGUCAAUUGAUGAGCUCUCAAACCAGGUGCAGGACUUCUACCAGAAGAUGCACGAGCGCUUCGAGAUGCAUGCUCACUAUCAAGGUCUGGAGCCCGACCAGGUGGAGCGCCUCAUGGACUUGACGGAGAACUACCUGAUGAGUCUGACAUACAAGUCCAUCUUUGAGUUCAUCUCUACAGCCGAUGAAGAGAAGGACCUGGCAAUCCAGCGCCGCAUCCGAUCGCUGAGUUGGGUGGCAGGACGGCACCUCGAGCUGGAGCUGGACGACCGGCAGCCGCCUGUGCGUGAUGUCGUCGACCGUGCGAUCACGCACAUGAUUGAGCUGGACUCUCGCCACAGCCCCCGUGAGAAGCUGGCCUGUGUAGUGCGCUGCAGUCAGCAGCUGUUUGAGGCGUUGCGCAUGGGGCCCCAGGGCCCGCGGCCGGCCUCGGCUGACGAGUUCCUGCCUGCCAUGGUGUAUGUGGUUCUGCGUGCCAACCCUCCGCUGCUCCACUCCAACAUCAAGUACGUGACCCGGUUCAGCGCCCCCAGCCGGCUGCUCAGCGGGGAGGCCGGCUACUAUUUCACUAACCUGUGCUGUGCGGUGUCCUUCAUUGAGAACUUGACGGCCGAGUCCCUGAACCUGCCUGCGGAGGAGUUUGAACGCUAUGUGACCGGCGAGGCAGUUCCCCCCGGUGGCUACGACCAGGGGGCCAGUGAGGGCUUGCGCCUCAUGUACUCCAACCUGGCCCUGCUCUCCGACAUGCGGCAGCGGCAAGAACGCCUCGCCGAGGGCACAAAGCUGCUCCGCGGCCGCAUCAACGAGUUUCGGGAGAAUGUGUCUCGCGAGGUGGAACAGGCCCUCUCGCAAGCACCAAUGGCUCCCUGUUCGUACAAGGUGCCCGUCGACCUCGAUGUGCGGUUCGUACCUGCCUUCCUCCGCAAUGUGGUCCUCCGAGAGCUGGACGACGGCGACAGCCUGCUGCUACAGUUGGACACUCCUCCACCUGCACCGCUGGUUCCAGCCACAUCCGCUGAACAAUCAUCUAAUGUUGCGCCUCUUGAGGAUGCGCAGUGCGUGCUGCUGGCCUCUGGUGACCCCAUGUCUCCCGACACCAUGGAGGCGUGCCUGCCCCCACCCCUGCAACCCGUCAUCGUUGGUUCGACAGCGGACACGCAGGCACAGCCAUCAACGGGGGAGCUCCCCUGUGCCAUGCCAGUCACAGAGGCAGCGGAACAAGCAUAGGGCACGCCCUCUGAGGGGUCACCUUGUGCAACUACAAGACAAGCAGAGGCCAUCACGGAAGUGGGGAAGUGUUGAGACUGUGCAGCAAAAAAAUUUUCUGUACUAUUUCGCAACGGACUGUGAGCGCUUCAGUGCCACGUCACGCCACUGGACCUGUCUGCGUGCUCGUGGUGAAGCACAAUUCUCUUGCGAACAACUGUCUUCACUGAAGAUGUGUGGGGGAUGCUUGCAGACCCCACAAAUUGUAAAAAUAGUUGAAAAAUUAUUCUUGUGUAUAUAUAUAAUAAUAUAUAUCUCUACAUAAAUUUAUUCCUUCAAUGCUA